AUGUCACUUUUGUUACACUGAAGAACAGAGUGACGUUCAAUUUAACCUGAAAGCAUAUAUGGCGGGUACAUCCUUACGCUGGAAUAUCUAGUGGUUUUUGUGUGUGUGUAAGAGAAACGGAGGAGAAAGGGAAUACGAGAGAGAUUGAAAACAUAGACAGGUGUACAUUCCCUGUGAUAAAGUUGUGGUGAAACGUACUAGCGAGUCCUCUGCAGGUGCAAUGUUACGGCCAACAGGCUCCCUUCGCCUCCUGGCUCUUGCUCUCGCGGUCGUGUCGUGCCGCGCGGAAUACGCGGCUGACAGCAUCCUGUGCGACGAUAUAGAAGCUAUAUGUAUUUUCGACGACUUGCCUUACGUAACCAACGAAACCGUCUGCGGAGACAAACACCAGUUCCUGAAUCCUGCGAGGUGCAACUGCGGGUCGAAGUGCAUAAAGUACCUUGAGGAGGGCGAGGAGUGUUUUAGGAAGUCCCUGAUCUCUUUCCCCCAAAACCUGUGUGGGCCCAGCCUGGAGUGCAUCCUCAUAGACGAUGAAAAGGCUCAAUGCAUGCGUAAUCCUGCCAGAAAGUGUAUUAAUGAGACGCUGAGGUAUGAAGCAGCCCAGGAAGAAGGAACACUUGGACCAGGAGAAUAUAAACCAAACUGUGAUGAGUAUGGGCGUUAUGCAGGCAGACAGUGUAGCCCUGGAAGCACAUGUUACUGUGUGAAUACUGAAGGUGAAAGAUUGUUUGGGGAAGCUCCAGUUACAGAAAAAGACACCAUAGACUGUGCAUGUGCCUCAUACUGGCAAGACACUGAAAGCAGAGGCUUGAACAUGGGGCUUCGCUGUCUCCCUAAUGGAAACUUUGAUACACUACAAUGUGCUGAUAAAAUGUGUUACUGUUUCGACCCCCAAACUGGGACCAUUUCCUUUGGACCUUUUCCUGAUUUUAUGAUGGAAGACUUGGCGUGCUAUGAUGAGGCAAUACAUGGCAGCAUAUACAAACGUGCUUGUGAGUUGGCCUUGGAUGAAUGGGAAAGUCAAGAAAGCAGUGAAGUGAUCACCAUUCAGGGUAAUCCACAGCAGCUUUACAGUUCAUGAUGAAACUUUUCCACC